AUGUUUUCACUCUCUGCAACAGCUACAUCAGUGAGUUUUAGAUGAAGAGAUAAGCUAGCUAGCUAGAUAAUAGUAAUUAGCAGAAGGCGCCAUGGAUUCCUCCUCCAAUGUCUCAGUUCUUCUCCUCAUUCUUAUCCUCUCCUUCUCUUCCUCUUUCCAGGUUGCCUUUGGUUGUGGUGAGUGCCCGACGCCCACAACCCCCAAGCCAGCUCCCAAGGAAGGGCCGAUCACCCUCCCUCCCAUCAUCGGAAAUCCGCCUGUAACAUUACCUCCUAUCAUUGGAAAACCGCCUGUAACAUUACCUCCUAUCACUGGAAAACCACCCAUCACUCUUCCUCCCGUCAUCGGAAAACCGCCUGUAACAUUACCUCCUAUCAUCGUUAAACCACCCGUCACCCUCCCCCCUAUUAACGUUAAACCACCAGUUACCCUCCCCCCUGUCAUCGCUAACCCUCCGAUAACCAAACCUCCGGCGACUGGCACGUCGGGCUGCUCUCCACCACCAGCUGCCAAAAAAACCUGCCCUCUAGACAUCUUAAAGUUCGGAGCUUGUCUGGAUCUCCUUGGCAAUGUGAUUCAGAUCGGAGAUCCGACUGUUAGCGAGUGCUGCCCGCUCAUCAAAGGCCUCACAGGGAUUGAAGCGGCCGCUUGCCUUUGCACCACCAUCAAGCUCAAACUUCUUAAUAUCUACGUGUUAUAUCCCAUUGCCGUUGAUCUACUGAUAAGUUGUGGCAAGACGCCGCCUCCUGGCUACACUUGCUAUUGAUCGAGUCCAAAAGAUGGACCAUUUGUAUCCUAUUUUGUAGUAAAUUUGUUGGUUUUAAACUAUUCCUCCAAGUGAUGUAAUAUUAGUUAGGUGUUCUGAUUGUGCUAUGUUGUUGCAUUUCUGCGUUUGAUUAAUGUCAGUCAUGUAAGGUUCAUAAACUUGUCUUAUUUGGUAAUUAAAGAGCAGCAAUUGUUGUUCAUAUAA